AUGAUGAUGCUCUUUUUAGAGGCGAAGAUAAUCAGGACCGGUGACGGGAGCUGUCCAUGGUGCCCCUUCACGUCGCUGCGCGCUCCAGUUUUUCCGGACCGGUCCGGACCGGCGUCGCGACUUUAUACCUUCACCUGCCUAGUUUAUUCGGGGGUCGAAUUUUUUCGAAUUUUCACAAUUCCUAGAAAGUUCCACUUAGUAAUGAAACACUUUUCCAAUACAGUUCUUCACGACCACAAAAGGGACAUUGGGCUUUGGAAAUGUAAGAUUUGUGCUUCGAGAUCGAGGUGGUUUUUCGAGUUUCUCUCAAAUGAUAAAUGCUCCCCACUAAUAUCUUGCUGUAACUCAACCUGAACUCCCAUGAUGUGUAUGAUAGGUGGAAAAUAACACAAGAC